UUUUAUAAAUAAUAAGAUUUGAGUUAGCCUACACUAUUAAUCUUCUCCCCGCUUUCCUCCAUGAAUUCCUCAUUCUGAUAAACUGCUGCUCUUCAUGGAGAAGCCACACUCCAAUGCCCGCGAAGCUCCCCCCUCCAAUCAUCCACGCCCUCUCGAAGCUUAGAUCACGCACAGCCCUUCCCCUUCUGAAGCAAAUCCACGCCCUCCUUAUCACCUCUGGUUUCUCCGACGAUGCCACUGCUGUCGCCAGAAUCCUCCGUUCCGCCGUGCUCUCUCUUCCCGGCGACAUCAACCACGCCUCUCUACUCUUCCGCCGAAUCGAACACCCAGACGUCUCGCUCUGGAAUGCCAUGCUCCAGGGUUACUCCCUGCGUUCCCAGCACGACGCAACCGUCUGUGGAUUCACCGAAAUGUUCCGACAUGGAUUGGCUCCCAACGAGCACACUUUUCCUGUUCUUCUUAAAUCUAUCUCGAACUCUGGCUCCGGAAAUCCAAUACAGAUUCACGCCCAGAUUAUCAAAUUCGGGCUGGAAUUUGAUACUUUUGUGCAGAAUUCCCUCCUGUGGUGCUAUGCCAAAGGCCGCUUGUUGGAGUCCGCUUGCAGGCUUUUUGAUGAAAUGCCGCACAGGGACGCCAUCUCUUGGAAUGCCAUGAUUCAAGUGCAUGCAAAGAACAAUCAACCAGAACUUGGUUUGGAUUACUUCAUCAAGAUGAGAUCUUUGGGGUUAGAAAUUGACCAGGUGAUAAUUGUCAGCGUACUCAAUGGCAGCACAAUGGCAAGUAAUAUUUCGCUUGGGAGAAGCAUCCAAGCCUUUUAUGUGGAAUGUGGGAGGGUGAAAAGAGACAUCUUUGUUGGCUCUGCUCUUGUUGAUAUGUAUGCUAAGUGCGGCUGCUGCGAUGAUGCAAGAAAAGCAUUUGAUCAAAUGCCGGUAAGAAAUGUGGUAACUUGGACCUCUCUGAUAUCUGGCCAUGUCCAAUCCAACAGAUUCAGAGAAGCUUUGGCAAUUUUCCACAGCAUGCUUGUGGAAGGUCCUGAUCCAAAUCAACUCACUCUCUCAAGCGUUUUGAUCUCCUGUGCUCAUCUGGGAGCAGUGGAACAGGGUAUAUGGAUUCAUAGCUACAUGAACAGAAUUGGCAUGGAAUUGAACUUUGUUGUGGGAGGUUCAUUGAUCGAUAUGUAUGCGAAGUGUGGACGGAUUGAUGACGCUCUCUCCGUGUUUCAUAGAUUGCAAAACAAAGAUGCAUACUCUUGGACUGCCUUGAUUAAUGGAUUGGCAAUGCACGGGCAUGGCUCGCAGUGUCUUCAUCUUUUCUCUCAAAUGUUGCUGCAAGGAGUUCAGCCCAAUGAGGUCACCUUCUUAGGUGUUCUAGGUGCUUGUUGCCACAGUGGGCUUGUGCAGGAAGGUAAAAGAUAUUUCGAUAGGAUGCUGAAAGUUUAUGGAAUAAAGCCGAAGUUAGAGCAUUAUGGCUGCAUGGUGGAUCUCUUAGGUAGAGCAGGGCAUUUGGAAGAGGCAUUGUGUUUUAUUAAAAGCAUGCCUAUAGAACCAAAUGUUAGCAUCUGGGGAGCUUUAUUUGGUGCCUGUAUGACUCAUGGAGAUUUGGAUUUGGGGGAGAAGGUGGGAAAGCAUAUAGUUGGAAUGAGACCGGAGCAGAGCGGCGGAUACCUGUUCUUGGCCAACAUGUAUUCUGCAUCGAAGAGGUGGAAGGAAGCGGCGAGGAUGAGGAUGGCGAUGAGGGGAAGGAAGGUGGAGAAAGUUGCAGGAUGCAGUUGGCUGGAGCUGAAUGGUGUGUUGCAUGAGUUUCUUGCCUCUGAUGGGUCUCAUGUUGAUGCUGAGUGCAUAUAUGAAACUAUUGAUGGAUUAACUGGGCUCAUGAAAUUGAAAGAGUACGGGCAAGGUGACUGUCUUAUGCCUUAACUUUUGUUUCAUCUGGAAAUGGGAGCUUUUUUUAAAAGAAGCUCAUUUAAUGGAUGGUAAUAUGCUAUGGUUGGGGUAUUUACAGAAUCAACAUUGGAUUUUGAUUUUGUUAAUUGCUUGAUUUUUUAGUCAUAGAAAGAUUUAUAUACAUGCCACUCAAAUUCCUAUGUAUUUACCUAUCUAACAACCAAAAUUCAAUUUUUACAUACAAACAGUUGCACCGCCUCGUUCUGGAAGUGUCUGUA